AUGCGGAAGAGUUAUGUGCCUGCAGUGCUGACAGACUUACACAGUGGAGGCCCGGCUGGAGCUGUAUAUGGAUUCCUGUUUGUGUGGGCUGGUGUCGCAGGUACCUUUGUGGUUCUAGCGGAGUUGGCAUCAAUGGCACCAACAUCUGGAGGGCAGUAUCAUUGGACAUCCAUGCUGGCCCCGCGAUCGUGCAUGAAACUCAUGAGUUACCUGACAGGUUGGCUUACUGUCAUUGGAUGGCAAGCCACAUAUGCAACCUCGUGCUAUUUGGUCGGCACGUUGAUUCAAGGCUUGAUCGUGCUCACAAACAGUACAUAUGAACCCAAGAACUGGCAUGGAACUCUUCUAUUCUGGGCGAUUGUCGUAUUUUGUGUCGCUAUUAACAGUGUUGGAGGGAAACUCCUUCCGCGAUUUGAGGGCAUGAUCUUGAUCCUCCACAUCCUUGGCUUCUUCGCGAUUCUCAUCCCCUUGACGUACAUGGCCGAUCAUGGAAGUUCCAAGGAAGUCUUUACGCAGUUCCUAAACUUGGGAGAAUUCCCUUCCCAAGGACUGUCGUUCUUCGUCGGAAUUGUCGGAUGUAUCUAUGCGUUUGCCGGCGGUGAUGCCGCGGUUCAUAUGUCCGAAGAAAUCACAAAUGCCGCCGUUGCAGUCCCCACCUCGAUCAUGCUGAGUGUCUUGAUCAACGGAUCCUUAGGUUUCGGCAUGUUGAUCGCCAUGCUGUUUUGCAGCGGCAAUCUUGCAUCGGCCCUCCACUCACCUACUGGGUACCCAUUCAUGGCAAUUUUCAAGCAGGCCACAGGAUCCACAGCCGGAACAGCGGUGAUGGGCUCGAUCGUUACUACCAUGGGUGCCACCACAUCAGUUGGCAUGUUGGCGUCCACUUCGCGGCAGUUCUGGUCCUUCGCGAGAGACCGCGGCAUUCCCGGCUGGCGAUUGUGGAGCCAGAAACCGCAGGUCACCGAGCACUCUGCCGUCCCCCUAUACUCCGUUUUGGCAACAUCUGUGAUUGCCUGCCUCCUCGCGCUCAUCAAUAUUGGCUCCGCCGUCGCCUUCAAUGACCUCUGCUCCAUGGCAAUCUCUGGUCUCUACCUGUCAUACAUGGUGGUUGGCGGUCUUCUUCUCUGGCGCCGUUGCACGGGCGGGAUCAGCUCUGUUCGCAGCAGCGAUUCCGCUAUCAUCAACACCGCUGGCGCGAAGCUCGUCUGGGGCCCAUUUCAUGUGCCCGGCAUCUGGGGUAUUAUUAUUAACACCUGGGCUUUGAUUUACAUGACAAUUGCUGUCUUCUUUAGCUUCUGGCCACCAGAUUGGGUGGUGACUGUCCAGACUAUGAACUUUAGUGUCGUUGGGACUAUGGGAACUAUCAUCCUCAGUCUUUUCUACUACUAUGUACGUGCGAGGAAGGUCUAUAACGGGCCUAUCAUGGAGGAUACUCUGUAA